AUGCAGAUCUCUUGGGCUGUAUGCUCUGUCUGUGUCUUAAUACAAAUUGCAUUUCAAUCUGUGGAAGCAUGGCAAAUGUUUAAAAAUGAUGCUACAGAAAUCAUUCCUGAGAUCACUGAAAAUACAGAAACACCGAUGGAGCAGACUUUCAGCAACAACAACACAAUGAACCAGGCAAAGCAUGGAGGAAGACACAUACAGCAAGCUCCAGACCCUAACGAUGCUUCUGGCUAUAGCUGCAGAGAAAUGAGAACCACCCGCUAUGUCACAGAAGGGCCUUGCCGCAGCAUCAAGCCUGUAAAGGAACUGGUCUGCUCUGGUCAGUGUGUCCCCUCACACCUCCUUCCUAACUCUAUUGGUAGAGGGAAGUGGUGGCGUCAGAAUGCCCUGGAUUAUCGCUGCAUUCCUGCUCACCCUCGCACGCAGCGCAUCCAGAUGGCUUGUCCCGAGGAAGAGACUCGGACUUACAAAUUCCGAGCUGUCACAUCCUGCAAAUGCAAGCGCUACACUCGCUACCACAACCAGUCUGAGCUGAAGGACUUUGGAAAGGAAACUGUCAGGCCUCAGAAGAACAAGAAGCCCCGUCUCUCCAGAGCCAGGAGCAGCAAAUCUAACCAGCAUGAGUUAGAAAAUGCGUAUUAG